CGAGAAGGCUCGUAGGCGACUUCAAGCAGAAACGACGAGAAAAUCAAGGUCCUCUUCGAGAGGAGCUAUGACGGUUAGAAGAUUAACGCAUGGACGUGAGAGCUCGCUAGGAUAUUGCCAAACUUUUUGACUUGAUUUAGCACUGCAAGUUCAGCACUGGCCAAGUUGAUUGCAAAGUCAUUCAUUGAAUGAAUGAUAGGAAGUGAACUUCUUAUACUCAACCUGACUCCUGAGCCGUCCACUGCAACAUUUGCUGAACGUUUCAUCUGAACCGUCCAAUGUGUCCAACUGUAUUGCUAAAAUCUGCUUGUCCAAAAAGUUGCACUGCAGACUGCAGCAGUAGACCUCUACAGUUUCUUCUCCACCUUGAACUUUCAGAGCAAGCGGCAUAGGGGCGGCAUAGGUCUCAUUACAUAUCAAUUCAAUCUGGCGUAGAGUUGUUAGAAACGCUUCUAAGUUAGCAAAAAACGCAUCGUACAUUUGGUUUCACCAGGUGGCGCGUGUCUUCAACUUUCAGCUCCCAUCGUUGCUCCAAGGGAAUCCCUCUGUUCGCAGCAAUGAGCGCCAUGAUGCAACCCCAAAUCAUCCUCUUGAAAGAGGGGACUGAUACUUCGCAAGGCAAGGCUCAAUUGAUCAGCAACAUCAAUGCGUGCGUGGCCGUUGUGGAUGCGAUCCGUACGACGUUAGGGCCGCGGGGCAUGGAUAAGUUGGUCCAUGAUGACAAGGGGACCACAACCAUCUCCAAUGAUGGAGCCACAAUCAUGCGCCUUCUGGAAAUCGUUCACCCAGCUGCUAAGACGCUGGUCGAUAUAGCCAGGUCGCAAGAUUCUGAGGUGGGAGAUGGGACUACCACCGUGGUCUUGCUGGCAGGGGAGUUCUUGCGGGAGGCCAAGCCGUUCAUUGAGGACGGGGUGCACCCGCAGCUCAUCAUCCGCGCCUUCAGGACGGCUGCUCACCUGGCUGUUCUCAAGACAAAAGAGCUGGCCAUCAGCAUCGAGGGCAAGGACCGCGAGGACAGGAACCAGCUGCUGCAGAAGUGUGCAGCCACCACGCUGAACUCGAAACUGAUAGGGGGGGAGAAGGAGUUCUUCUCAAAGAUGGUGGUGGAUGCCGUUUCGAUGCUAGAUGAGGAUGUGCGGCUGAGCAUGAUUGGGGUCAAGAAGGUGCAAGGGGGCACCAUGCGCGACUCGUUCCUGGUGCAGGGGGUGGCGUUCAAGAAGACCUUCUCAUACGCAGGCUUUGAGCAGCAGCCCAAAAACUUUGAGGAUGCCAAGAUUCUGCUUUUGAACCUGGAGCUAGAGCUCAAGUCGGAAAAGGAGAAUGCGGAAGUCAGGUUAACUGACCCCGCUCAAUACCAGUCCAUAGUGGAUGCGGAGUGGAACAUCAUUUAUGACAAGCUGGAUAAGUGCGUCAAAAGUGGGGCCAAAGUCGUCCUGUCUCGUCUGGCCAUCGGAGACCUGGCAACACAGUACUUUGCGGACCGGGAUAUCUUCUGCGCGGGCCGCGUGGCGGAGGACGACCUGCAGCGGGUGGCGAGCGCGACGGGCGCGCAGGUGCAGACGACGGUGAACAACCUGGUGCCGGAAGUGCUCGGCUUCUGCCAGCACUUCGAGGAGCGCCAGGUCGGCAGCGAGCGCUUCAACAUCUUCACCGGCUGCACGCAGGCAAAGACCGCCACCAUCGUGCUCCGGGGAGGCGCGGAACAGUUCAUUGCGGAGGCUGAGCGCAGCCUUCACGAUGCAAUCAUGAUUGUGCGGCGCGCAAUCAAGAACCAGGCGGUGGUGCCAGGUGGGGGUGCGAUCGACAUGGAGGUCAGCCGGCACCUGCGCAACUACGCGCGCGGCAUAGCGGGCAAGGCGCAGCUCUUCAUCAACGCGUACGCAAAAGCAUUGGAGGUCAUUCCGCGCCAGCUGUGCGACAACGCGGGCUUCGAUGCGACCGACGUGCUCAACAAGCUCAGGCAGAAACACUCCCUACCCUCAGGCGAGGGGGCGCACUACGGGGUGGACAUCGACACGGGCGGGAUCACGGACACGUACGAGGCUUUCGUGUGGGAGCCGUCCGUGGUCAAGGUCAACGCGUUCAACGCAGCCACCGAGGCCGCCUGCCUCGUGCUCAGCGUGGAUGAAACCAUCAGGAACCCACGGUCGUCUCAACCUGGCGACGAUGGCAUGGCAGGAAUGCAAAUGCCGGGACGAGGCCGCGGAGGAGGCAUGCGUGGACGGGGGAGAGGGAUGCGGAGGCGUUAGGCAUGGUCGAAAAAUCAGACUGAGUACUGGCUAAAAUGGGCGAAGACGAUCUUCGAAGUAUGCCAUGAUGCAACUAAAUCACUUUUGGUGACCAAUGUGUCUCACAUUUCCUGCUUUCAACAUCAAAGCAUGUUACUGCUUCCGAAGUUUACCAAGAUCGACGAACUUGUUUGGUGGCUUGCAAGAAUCAACGAGUACGUGUGAAUCUUUCCUUUACACAAAUGAUUGCCGGCGAAAGCUUUCAGGCUGUAGGCGUACACGACGUCCUCCAGCCUGCGCUUCCUUGAAAUUGGGA